AUGGGUCGGCUCGAAGGAUUAGACCGAUAUUAUGUUCUUCUUUUCUUGUGUUUGGUUCUAGACAGCUUAGUGCUGUUCUGUCAUGGUGGCACAACAAGUAGUUAUGUCAGGAGGUUAGAGGCAACGGCUGAUAUGCCACUCGAUAGUGAUGUAUUUCGUGUUCCUCCUGGUUGUAAUGCACCUCAACAGGUGCAUAUUACACAAGGAGACUUAGAAGGGAAGGCAGUGAUAGUGUCUUGGGUGACACAAAAAGGAUCAGGAUCUAACACGGUUCUUUACUGGAAAGAACAUAGCUGCAAAAUGCUAAAAGCUCAUGGCAAAUCCAAGACGUACAAAUUCUACAACUAUACGUCUGGUCACAUCCAUCAUUGCACCAUCAAAAACUUAGAGGUCCAUCAUUAUCUCAAUCUUUUCAAUUGUUUUGUAUCUGAUUUUUUGGUUCUCUUGUUUCAGUAUGACACCAAGUACUACUACAUGGUAGGUGUGGGAAAAACAGAACGAAAGUUCUGGUUCUUCACUCCUCCUAAAGCUGGUCCUGACAUUCCCUACACGUUUGGUCUCAUUGGAGAUCUUGGGCAAAGUUUUGACUCUAACAUAACCUUAACGCAUUACGAGAAUAACCCGUUGAUAGGGCAAACAGUUUUGUUUGUUGGGGAUUUCUCAUACGCUGACACAUACCCGAACCAUGACAAUAAUAGAUGGGACACUUGGGGAAGAUUUAUUGAAAGAAGCACAGCCUAUCAGCCCUGGAUUUGGACCGUAGGAAACCAUGAACUCGAUUUUGCGCCACAGAUUGGAGAAACCAAGCCAUUUAAGCCAUUCAAGAAUAGAUACCGUACUCCUCAUCAAUCAUCAGGCAGCACAGAACCAUUCUGGUACUCAAUAAAGAGAGGACCGGCUUACAUAAUCGUGCUAGCUUCAUAUUCAGCAUACGGUAAAUACACGCCGCAAUAUCAGUGGCUCGAACAAGAAUUCCCCAAGGUUAACAGAACGGAAACGCCAUGGUUGAUGGUUUUGAUGCAUUCGCCGUGGUACAACAGCUAUGAUUACCAUUACAUGGAAGGUGAAACCAUGAGAGUGAUGUAUGAGCCGUGGUUCGUAAAGUACAAAGUAGAUGUUGUUUUUGCUGGUCACGUCCACGGCUAUGAAAGAUCAGAACGUAUAUCCAAUAUUGCGUACAAUGUGGUUAAUGGAAUUUGUACUCCAGUCAAGGAUCAAUCUGCUCCCAUCUACAUCACCAUUGGUGAUGGAGGCAAUCAUGAAGGAUUGUCUACCAAAAUGACUGAACCUCAGCCUAAGUACUCUGCCUUCAGAGAAGCAAGCUUCGGACACGCGAUAUUCUCGAUAAAGAACAGGACGCAUGCUUAUUAUGGUUGGCACAGGAACCAGGAUGGCUGUGCUGUGAAUGGUGACACCAUGUGGUUUUAUAAUAGAUUCUGGCAUCCCAUUGAUGACUCUCCGGAUGAUGAUUCUUGA